AUGGGAGUACUCCAUUGAAUGCACGGGAAUUAAUUUUUUCUGAAGCGGAACCUUCGUGGGUUGGGAAUUCUCAGUCGGAUUUCUUCUGAAGACGGACCGGAUGUAGCGUGAGGUUAUUGAGCGGCUAUCAGAAGUGGAGCAUCUCAGGAGUUUUUAUCGUAUCUGUUCUCCUGCUCGGACCAUCCAGCCUUCGCACUCUUCUAAGGCCAGGAAAGUUUUGUCUUGACUAAAAGUUGUUAGCUGAACAGACAAGAUGUUGAGAAAUGCUUCAGUGCAGAUCUUCCGACAGCUGGUGAGACACAGCAGCACAGACGCAAAUCUAAUCCUGGAAAGAUCGAUAAACCGCGUGCAGCUGCUGGGGCGAGUCGGGCAGGACCCGGUGAUGAGACAAGUGGAGGGUCGGAACCCCGUCACCAUCUUCUCACUGGCGACCAACGAGAUGUGGCGCUCUGGGGAAGGAGAAACAAGCGCUACAGGAGACGUCAGCCAGAAGACAACGUGGCAUCGUGUCUCGGUGUUCAAACCGGGCCUGAGGGAUGUUGCCUACAAUUAUGUCAAGAAAGGGUCCAGGAUUCUAGUGGAGGGAAAACUGGAUUAUGGAGAAUAUGUGGACAAAAACCAAGUCAGACGCCAGGUCACCACCAUCAUCGCAGACAACAUUGUUUUCCUGAGCGACAACAUCAGAGACCGAACCUGAGGGAUGUUUUCCUCCUCGCAUCCAGCUACGGAUGAAAACAACUUGUAGUUUAACUUUUCUUCUUCAAACCAAAAUAAGACUUGAGGACUACUAACUGUUUAGUAUGAGGGGGGACGUAAGCCGUGAUCAUGUUUGACUGUGAGGCCCGCUGCUGGCAGAAAUGAAGACGUUCAAGAGGAGCAGAACAAGCUCUGUCCAUAAAAAGUUUGAUUUCUCUAUAUGUACAUAGCAUCACUUAAAAUAAAUAUGGCCGGUUCUGAGUUUUCCACUGUAGAAAUCAUGACACGUGCAUUGUUUAAUUCAUUCAACUCGCUUCAAAGUUUCUUCUUAAAGGGGACCUAUUAUGCAAAACUCACUUUUUGUACAUUUUUAUAUUUCCAUUUGGGUUUCUACUGCUGUUAAAACCAGCAUGAGAGCUUUAAAAAAACACCCAUUUAUCUUUGUUAAUAGAUUAAUGUUUUUUUAUCUCUGGAGAAUGAGCCGUUUGAAAAACCUUCUGAAUGUUAUGUCACAAAUCACUGUGCCAUCACCUAGCAACCCCAGUGGAGUUCUGUGCGUUACCUAGCAACCCAAGUAGAGUUCCAGCACGUUUGGUAAGCUGUUUUUAAUGCUGUAUUAUGGUACAGUGGCUGCUGGAAAAGACAAUGUUUUGUUGUUGACUUGCAUUGCAAAAACACAAAUCCCACUAAGAUUUAUGGUCUUGUAGCUUGUAACUAGUCCGUUUUCAUCAAUAUUAAGAAAUUAUUGACUUAAAAUGAGGUCCUAUGCCUUGCUGAAAAGUUAGUUUUAUGUUAGUUUUGUCUUAUUUUAAAUGUACUAAGACUUUGGCAUGAGAAACGUACCUGGCGAUAUUUUUUAUUUUUUUUUUGCAGUGCACCAUCCAGAAACAGGAGGCUCUACUUCUGCUUCUCAAAGAUAUACGGUUGUAAAAUGGCUCAUCUGCAGCCAUUUUCACGUGUGAGUGAAAACGUUGAGCUGGGGGUGUGGACAGCAGCAGAUUAUUUGGAUUUAAAGUGAUAGGAGGGACCUGAAACGGCUCAUAGUCGGAACUGAGCAGAGCAAAAUCUAAUUAUCUAAGAAUGAUUUUGUUCAAAAUUAUGUAAUGAACAUGUUUUGUAUAGACCAUAGACUACGUAUCUUAUCCUGUUCUAGAAAGCAUAAUAGGUCACCUUUAAGUUUAGCUUUCAAAUCAGAAAGCUCUGUAGAGUGACUUUUAUUUGUAUUAAACGCACAGUGUUAUGUAAAAUCGA